AGUGUCAAAUUCGCAUGUUUUGAUUAAUUUCGUGACCUAACCAAAAAAUCGUAUAUUUCUUAAAAUUUUAUGAAUAUUUUGAUUUUUAUUCGAGACUGGAUAAUAAAAAAUGAGAGACGUAUUUUUGUCAAACUGUGAAAAAAGCUUCAUACAGAAAAUUGUAUCGGAAGGCCACCGAUUAGAUGGCAGAAACUACAAUGAAAGUAGACGGCUAGAUAUAUCGUUUGGAUCAGAUUACGGUAGUUGUAUUGUUUGUUUAGGUGAAACAAAAGUGCUGGCACAGGUGUCUUGUGAAGUGACACAGCCUAAGCAAAUCAGGCCAAAUGAGGGCAUUUUGUACAUCAAUGUGGAGAUCAGCCCUAUGGCCGCACCGCAGUUUGAAGCAAAUAGACAGACUGACCUCACAGUAUACUUGAACAGAUUGCUUGAGAAAUGCUACAAGGACUCAAAAUGCAUUGAUCUUGAGUCUUUGUGUAUAGUGGUUGAAGAAAAAGUAUGGUCUCUCAGGGUGGACAUCAAGGUUUUGAACCACGCAGGCAACUUGAUAGAAUGUGCCAGCAUAGCCACACUCACCUCAUUGGCUCACUUCAAGAGGCCAGAUGUGACCCGUAGCGGUGACAAUGUUAUAAUUCAUACCAUCGCAGAAAAAGAUCCAAUUCCAACUGUACUGUACCACUAUCCAGUAUGUGUGACUUAUGCUAUAUUUGGAAACGACACACUUCUCUCAGACCCUAGUUUCACUGAAGAAUCCGUUUGCACCAGCAGCACCGAAGAAGGAAUAAACACAGCUGGAGGUUUACUCGUGAUUGGAAUGAACCAAUACAAAGAGUUAUGCCUACUUAAUUUGACUGGAGCACCGCUGUACAACUCAAAUGUAGUGCAUAAGGCCAUAAUAAAUGCAGCAGACAGGAGCAAAACUAUAGUGGACUUGGUGAAAAAGACCAUUGUUAGUGAUGACACAAUAAGACAAAAGCGUGGAAAAAUAAACUUCUCUGAUAUCAUCACUGAAGAUCACCUGCUAUCGUUGAGCCAGAAAGAUAUCAGUAUUCGGCUCAAGAAUUAUGAUGUGGAUGAUUUGCAACCCAAAGAACGAAAUACGGACAACGAUGAUGAUAUUGAAAUGAAACCAGAGCCUAGCAAAUAUGAUGUUGUACAAUCAUUGCCACAAACUGCAGAGAUAGUAUCCAAGAAGGGAGCAUCCAAAUGGAUCGAAAUAUCAUCAGAUUCAGAAGAAGAAUGAAAAUAAAUUAAAUAAUAAUUAUUUUAUAACAAACUUCAUUUGUUAAAUAAAAUGUAAAUUCACAUUUUACAA